AUGUCGCUGCUGAGUCUGCCCUGGUUGGGCUUGGGGCAGGUGGCAGCAUCCCCUUGGCUGCUACUCUUGCUGGCUGGGGGCUCCUGGCUCCUCGCCCGUGUCCUGGCCUGGACCUACGCCUUCUAUGACAACUACCGCCGGCUCCAGUGUUUCCCGCAACCCCCGAAAAGAAACUGGUUUUGGGGUCAUCUGGGCGUGAUCGCUCCUACAGAGGAGGGCUUGAAGAACUUGACCCAGCUGUCGGCCACCUAUUCCCAGGGGUUUACAAUAUGGAUGGGUCCCAUCAUCCCCUUCAUCGUUUUAUGCCACCCUGACACCAUCCGGUGUAUCACCAAUGCCUCAGCUGCCACUGCACCCAAGGAUGACCUCUUCACCAGGUUUCUGAAGCCCUGGCUGGGAGAAGGGAUAAUUCUGAGUAAUGGUGACAAGUGGAGCCGCCACCGUCGGAUGCUGACGCCUGCCUUCCAUUUCAACAUCCUGAAGCCCUAUAUAAAGAUCUUCAAUGAAAGUGUGAACAUCAUGCUCGACAAGUGGCAGCACCUGGCCUCAGAAGGCAGCAGUCGUCUGAACAUGUCUGAGCACAUCAGCCUGAUGACCUUGGACAGUCUGCAGAGAUGCAUCUUCAGCUUUGACAGCCACUGUCAGGAGAGGCCCAGUGAAUAUAUUGCCACCAUCUUGGAGCUCAGUGCCCUUAUAGAAAAAAGAAGCCUGGAUAUCCUCCAGCACAUGGACUUUGUGUAUUACCUCACCCAAGACGGGCGGCGCUUCCGCAGGGCCUGCCGCCUGGUGCACAACUUCACAGAUGCUGUCAUCCAGGAGCGGCGCCGCACCCUCCCCACUCAGGGUAUUGAUGAUUUCCUCAAGGACAAAGCCAAGUCCAAGACUCUGGAUUUCAUUGAUGUGCUUCUGCUGAGCAAGGAUGAAGAUGGGAAGGCAUUGUCAGAUGAGGAUGUAAGAGCAGAGGCUGACACCUUCAUGUUUGCAGGCCAUGACACUACGGCCAGCGGUCUCUCCUGGGUCCUGUACAACCUCGCAAGACACCCAGAAUACCAGGAGCGCUGCCGACAGGAGGUGAAAGAGCUUCUGAAGGAUCGCGAACCUAAAGAGAUUGAAUGUCCCCCAGCUCCCUUCAUCUCCCGACGCUGCACACAGGACACUGUUCUCCCAGAUGGCCGAGUCAUCCCAAAAGGCAUUAUCUGCAUGAUCAAUAUUAUAGGGGUCCAUCACAACCCAAACGUGUGGCCAGAUCCUGAGGUCUAUGACCCCUUCCACUUCGACCCAGAGAACAGCAAGAAGAGGUCACCUCUGGCUUUUAUUCCCUUCUCCGCAGGGCCCAGGAACUGCAUCGGGCAGGUGUUUGCCAUGGCGGAGAUGAAGACAGUCCUGGCGCUGUUGCUGCUGCACUUCCGGUUCCUGCCGGAUCACACUGAGCCCCGCCGGAAGCCGGAGCUGACCAUGCGCGCCGAGGGCGGGCUUUGGCUGUGGGUGGAGCCCCUGAACACAGGCUUGCAGUGA